AUGAAGACCAAUCCUGAUAUUGUAUAUACGAAGGCUCAAAAAUUGAUUGAACUCAAUUUAGAUAAUAAAUAUGUUGCUAUCGUAGGAGGAACGGGCGGUAUUGGCCGUGAGUUGGCAAGAGUGUUGGCACAAAAGGGUGCUAAAGUCAUCGUUGUUGGUAGAACGUUCAGAGACGAAAAUGUUGAAGGUAUUGAAUUUAUCCAGGCUGACCUAGGUUUGGUGUCAGAGGCAUCCAGAGUUGCGGAAUUGUUACCUGCUGAAAAGUUGGAUCUUCUUAUCUUCACUACGGGAGUUUUGGCUCCUCCAGCGAGACGUGAGACUAGCGAAGGUCUAGAAGAAGAUUUGGCCGUCAGUUAUAUCAGCCGACUAGUGAUGAUGAAUCAUUUGGUACCCAGAUUGAAGGAACAUGGUGAGAAAAAACCUCGCGUAUUUGUAAUGGGUUUCCCCGGUGAUAACUAUAUGGGAGAUUAUAGAGAUUUGAAUUCAGAAGAAUCUUACGGAGCUAUUUCCACACAUAUGAAAACAGUAGCCGGUAAUGAAGCUCUAGUUUUGGACUUUAAGAAUAGGUUUGCUACUGUCAAUUUUUAUGGGUUGAAUCCGGGGCUCAUCAGGACAAAUAUUAGAGAUAAUUACCUUGGUAAAGACACUUGGAAGUCAAGAGUGGUAGAAUGGUUCAUAGGUAUGACAAAUCAGACUGCAGAGCAAUACGCUGAAAAGUUAGGCCCCUUGCUAGUUGCCCCAGAAUUGGAAACUCAUUCAGGCGCCAUGUUUGACAAGAAUGCUAACCCGAUCCUUCCAUCAAAAGAUUUUACUGAUGAUUACGCCAGGAAUUAUAUCAAGGCCUCAGAAGAACUUCUUGCAAAUCUUAAGUUGGCUCAAUGA